AUGAUGUAAAUGCUCGUAGGGGAAGGAUAUAAACGUUGACUUCCUGUAGUUUCUUAAAACGAAUGAAUAUAUAUCGCAGAAAAUAAGCGAGUGGGAUAUAGGAUCCGAAACUGCGACCGCUGAGGGGGCGACUGCUAUAAAUGCGGAUUGUUUACAGCAGUCCUCGCAUCCUUUCCUCCCUCCCCUUUUCCUCUUUCCCGGAGAGUCGGAGCGGUGGUGGUGAGACAGCGGCUGCAGCUGCUACUGCUGACCGAAGAUAGCGCCUGCAGUGCGGGCUCGACCGUCACAUCACACCGGGCCCUUUACUGGGUAGGAUCCACAGCAAAGCAGGAAGGAAGCCUUUGAUGCCACGUUAUUGUGCAUCCUCCUUUUGUGAAGUACAGCGUACAACAUCUGGAUUGUAUUAACCUUCACCUUCAGGUUUUUUCAGGAGUUUGGAUGUACAGUUUCACUUGAUAUGGCUGUUCUUAAACUAGUCGACCAGCCACCCCUUGUGCAAGCCAUCUUUAACGGAGACCCUGAUGAGAUUCGUAUGCUUAUAUGUAAAUCAGAAGACAUCAAUGCACUGGACACAGAGAAGCGAGCUCCUCUUCACGCAGCUGCCUUCCUCGGAGAUGCUGAGAUCACAGAGCUCCUCAUUGUCUCUGGGGCACGGGUCAAUGCCAAAGACAGCAUGUGGUUGACUCCACUACACAGGGCAGUGGCAUCACGUAGCGAGGAGGCAGUUCGUGUGUUGAUUCGUCAUUCUGCCGAUGUUAACGCGCGGGAUAAGAACUGGCAGACGCCUCUACACGUCGCUGCCGCUAACAAAGCUCUGCGAUGCGCUGAGGUCCUCAUCCCGCUUCUGAGCAGCGUCAACGUGUCAGACCGCGGAGGACGUACCGCUUUGCACCACGCCGCCCUCAACGGCCACACUGAGAUGGUUAACCUCCUCCUGGCUAAGGGAGCCAACAUUAAUGCCUUUGAUAAGAAAGAUUGCCGUGCGCUGCACUGGGCUGCAUAUAUGGGUCAUUUAGAUGUUGUGUGUUUGUUGGUGAGUCAAGGGGCUGAACUCAGUUGCAAGGACAAGAGGGGAUACACACCUCUCCAUGCUGCUGCUUCCAAUGGACAGAUCGCUGUUGUGAAACACCUGCUUAGCUUGGCUGUUGAGAUCGAUGAAGCCAAUGCCUUUGGGAACACAGCUCUCCAUGUAGCAUGCUUUAAUGGACAGGACGCAGUGGUCAGCGAGUUGAUCGACUACGGAGCUAACGUCAGUCAGCCAAAUAACAAGGGCUUCACGCCGCUCCACUUUGCUGCUGCGUCUACCCAUGGUGCUCUGUGUCUAGAGUUUCUGGUUAAUAGUGGAGCUGAAGUCAAUGUGCAGAGUCGUGAUGGAAAGAGCCCUCUUCACCUGACAGCAGUCCAUGGGCGAUUCACUCGCUCCCAGACGCUCAUCCAAAACGGAGGAGAGAUAGACUGUGUCGAUAAGGAUGGAAACACUCCGUUACACGUUGCUGCCCGAUUCGGCCAUGAACUUUUAAUAAACACCCUCAUCACGAGUGGAGCUGACUGCACCAGAAGAGGGGUGCACGGCAUGUUUCCCCUGCAUCUUGCUGCUCUGAAUGCACAUGCUGACUGCUGCCGGAAACUUCUUUCUUCAGGGCGGAGGUAUAGCAUAAUGUGCCCUCUCAGUAAUGACUCAGUCCUGUCUGCAGGCUUCCAAAUUGACACUCCGGACAAUCUGGGCAGGACGUGUCUGCACGCCGCGGCUGCAGGCGGUAAUGUGGAAUGUGUGAAGCUGUUGCUCAGCAGCGGAGCUGAUCAUAACCGGAGGGACAAGCAUGGAAGGACCCCUCUACAUUAUGUGGCAGCUAGCCGGCACUUUCAGUGCUUGGAGACUCUUGUAUCCUGUGGUACCUGCAUUAAUGCCACUGACCAGUGGGGGCGCUCUGCCCUGCACUACGCUGCUGCAUCUGACCUGGACAGAAGGCGACGUGUGGUCUUGGAACCAGAGAGCGAGGGAGUUCAAGCCGAGAAAGAGAAAGAGGCAGCUCAAUGUCUUGAGUUCCUGAUGCAGAAUGGUGCCACCCCAUCACUCAAAGACAAGCAGGGUUACAAUGCCGUUCAUUACGCUGCAGCAUACGGCCACAGACACUGUCUAAAACUGCUUCUGGACAGAGAUGAGAACAAUCAGGAUGAGAUGGAGAACAGUCAGACAAGAAGCCCGCUGCAUCUAGCUGCGUACCACGGACAUGCGCAAGCCCUGGAAGUGCUUUUGGAGGGUCACUGUGAGGUGGAUCAGGGGGAUGAAGUGGGUCGGACUCCACUGGCGCUCGCUGCCCUCAGGGGCCAUAAUGAUUGCACAAUCACCCUCCUGAACCACGGGGCCUCGCCAAGAAGCAGAGACACUGUCCGUGGACGCACACCAAUCCACCUCGCAGUAAUGAAUGGUCAUACAUCAUGUGUGCGCCUCCUGCUGGAAGACUCUGAUAAUGCAGAUCUGGUGGACACAGCAGACUCUCAGGGACAGACCCCUCUUAUGCUGGCAGUAAUGGGGGGUCACGUGGAUGCUGUGUCUCUACUGUUGGAGCGUGAGGCCAGUGUGGACCUGGCUGACCGUCAUGGUCUGACUGCAUUACACCUGGGCCUCUUGUGUGGACAGGAGGAGUGCGUUCAGUCUCUGUUAGAGCUGGAGGCAUCAGUGCUGUUAGGAGACUCCAGGGGCCGAACGGCGAUCCACCUGGCUGCAGCGAGGGGUCACGCAUCCUGGCUGAGCGAACUCCUUAACAUCGCCGGUGCCGAAUCCCCCAUCCCCCCGUUGCGAGACAACCAUGGAUACACGCCCCUACACUGGGCCUGUUAUUUUGGUCAGGACAGCUGUGUGGAGGUCAUACUAGAGCAAAGAUGCUUUCGGCAGUUUGAAGGAAACCCCUUCACACCAUUGCAUUGUGCUGUGGUCAAUGACCAUGAAGCUUGUGCCAACCUUUUAUUAGAAGCCAUGGGAUCAAAGAUUGUAAAUUGCAUAGACUCGAAGGGCAGGACACCUCUUCAUGCCGCCGCAUUCGCUGGCCACAUAGACUGUGUUCAGUUGCUUCUGUCCCAUAAUGCAUCUGUGGAUGAUGUUGACCAAUCAGGACGCAGCGCUCUCAUUAUGGCAGCAGAGAGAGGAAGGGUCGAGGUCGUAGAGGCUCUGCUUACCGUUGCAAAUGUUAACCUGACUGAUGAGAAGGGCAACACUGCACUCCAUCAAGCCUGCAGUAAUGGAAUGGAAGAAUGCGCGUUACUCAUUCUCGGAAAACUCCCAGACUCCGCCCUCCUCGCUACGAACGCUGCACUGCAAACGCCUCUUCAUUUGGCUGCGCGCAGUGGUAUGAAACAGACGGUGCAAGAGUUGCUCUCUCGGGGUGCCAGCGUUCAAGUUCUGGAUGAGAAUGGUUUCACCCCUGCUCUGGCUUGCGCUCCCAGCAGGGAAGUCGCUGACUGCCUGGCUCUCAUUUUGGCUACCAUGAUGCCUUUCUGCUCCCCUUGCAGCUCUGGAACUCCUUCGCCAGGCGACCUGCUGAAACCUCUGCCCACCCUUGCCAAGAGUACUAAGGGGCCCCGCAGUCCAAGGGACCCCUCCAGUGAGGGUACGACUACCGAAAACGACUCCGACUCUGAGACAUUUUGACCUUUGCCUAUCAUAGUGGCAUGAACCUCAUAGAAGUUGUACAGAGUUUCUGUAAUGAGAUAUUAUGAUGUAAUUUCUGCCACACUUGUUUGCACAGGAGAUUCUUUUCUAAAACCAUCUGAAUUGAAUGAUUGGAUGUCUUUUGUACUUUCAUGUUUGCCAAUUGUUAACUGACUUCUUAUGAUGAUCACACUUGAAGUAUGAUGUUAAAUGUGCUGUGCUUUAGACGGCACAAACCCUAUGAAAGCACAAGGUGAGGUCACACUCAUUUACCUCUGUAGUCACUAUGGGACCAAUCACGUUUAAGGGGGAAUUGGCGUUAUUUUUACGAACCUCAAUCAGAAUGUGUGUUACAAAUAUUUAUUUACGACAUACGUUUGAACAUACGUAAAACCCAGUGUAAUGUGAUGUAAAUCCAACUUGCAGAUAUCCAGACAGUACACCAGUUGUACUUCACAUAUUAUGGACAGAAGCCUCUUGAGCUUUGUAUUGUUAAAAAGAGCAUUUUUAUUAGAUAGAGAAAUGAAUUUAUGGGCCUUGAUGGUCUCAUUUGCGUCUGAUGGUUUUGGAGAUUGACACUUUGUCUUUCUGUUCCUUCUCAACAGUGUUCAAAUAAUACUAUUCAGGGUAAAUUUUAGGUUUAAGUGAGAAGACACGGAACCAAUAUGUUCGUAAAAAAGUACCAAUAUUUAAUAAUGUUUAAUUAACGGUACUAGAUUUGUAUGCACUUAUGUAUAGGAGUAAAUGGGUGUUUAAUACAUGAACCUUAAACAAACAGUUAGUUUCUAUCUACUGAAGUACUGAAAAAUUUGCACUGGUUGAAUUUAAUUACAAUUUUCUAAAAUCUGUAUGGACGACGUAAGCAAGUUAAAACACAUUUUGCUUUAAAAAACUAAGAUGGUAUAUCAAAACCUGGUGCACAAUGUGCCAGUUUCUUCAGCAUGUCCAGUGCCUUGUUCUUCAAUUCCAGAGUUUGACCCAUGCAUGUGUAUCAAAAAGAUCUGAAAAUGUGCAGUUUGGGUCACUUAAACUCACCUGCCAACCAUUCAUCAGUCCUGAUGUUUGUGCCUAUAUGUGUGUGUUUGCUGCAAAAAAUACAAUUCUUUAUACAUAUCAGCUUUUGUUGCACAUCACUGUCAACAUAACUAACAACAAAAGCACAUGGUUCAUUUUCAUUACAUAAAUUAGAUUGAGAGUGGAAAGAUGCAGAGAACUGAAAUCAUACAGUAUUAUACCAGAAUACAAAGCUUUGAAAUGUGUGACAAUCUUCUUGUACAUCAUGUGGUCUCAUGUUGAAGGUUCUUUGUUUGCUCAAGUUUCUUUUAUAAACAUUGUAUGGCUACAUAAAAUGUUUUAGCUCA